AUGAAUAGUAGUAUACAGGACUAUCCUAAUAAAGAUAUCAAUCAGAGUAAUUUACCAAUUGCAGAUAGAUAUUCAGACACAAAAAAUUCACCCAUUAGUACAAAAAAAAAUAACAUUUCUUCCGUUCCAAAAGAAGCUCUCAAACCUAAAGAAUCAAAUAUUUCUGAAUCAAAAAAAAGAAAAUUGGAUGCUAUUGAUAAUAAUGAAAAAGAGGACUAUGGCUAUCAAUCCAAUACUUCUACAAAAUUCCCACCCUUGAAGGAAUUAUUAAUAGAAAUUACUGAUUCAGAUAAGGAAACUGGAUUAUAUGAUGAAAACAUUAAGCCGCCAUACUCUUAUGCUUCUAUGAUCGCAUUGGCAAUAAUAGAUUCUCAAGUGGGAAAACUAACAUUGUCUCAAAUAUACACUUGGAUUGCUUCCCAUUUCCCCUUCUAUAAAUUGGGUGAUUCCGGAUGGCAGAAUAGUAUUAGGCAUAAUCUAUCUUUAAAUAAGGCAUUUAUUAAAGGCGGUAAAUGUGAGGAUGGCAAAGGCCAUUUUUGGGAACUAAAAGUCGGUCAAGAAUAUAAAGUUUUAAGAGUUACUUCGAAAGGUGGGAAAAAUGCUAAUAACCAUACUAAUAAAACAAAUACCAAAAAACGUUUUGAAAAAGAUCAGGAAAGUUUAUUGGGCCCAGUUAGUUUAAGUAAAGGCCAAAUGAAAAUUAAUAAUAACAUGUAUACCAGUUUAAGUGAACUUAAUGAUACUGGUGACGAUAUAGAUUAUAAAUUGACAGAAAAUGAUCAUGAUCUUGAGGGAAACGAUAUUGUAUCUGAUGCCAAAUCAUGGAGAGAUGAUAAUAUAAGUGAUAACGGCUCAUAUACCAAUGCUCAGCCAAACACCAACGAGGAAAUGAUUCAAGAAUUUGAUUCCUCAUUGCUUACAUCACCAAACUCAUAUAGGUUGUCUUCAAAAAAUCUAAAGAAAACACUGAAAAAAUCAUAUUCCUUUUCAUUUUCAGGUAAAAAAAUAUCUCCUUUUAACGAUAGUAAUAGUACACAAACUGAUAAUUUUUUUAAUAUUGAUCGGAGUAAUAGUCAUUCUGAUUUUAAACGGUACACAUGUUCGUUUAACUCAAACUUUGAAAAUUCUCCCCAAUCAAAGCAAGGUGUGUCAUCUCCCCUAAUAGAAUCUUUUCAUAAUGAGGGGAAAAAAAAUAGUUUGUGUCAGAAUAAUAAUAUACUGACAACACCUAAUAAAAAACCAAGUUCUAUGGUUGUCGAACCGGAUAAGAAUGAAGAGUAUAACAACUCUAGCAAUUUUAUGGCAGCUAUCAAUCAUCAUGGUUAUGUGAAGACACCAAAAAUUAUCCACACAAUUGAACAGCAAUAUACUAAUGAUGAUGAUGAUGAUGGUGGCAAUGCUCAUAUCGCUGGCAAAAAAAUUGAUUUGCAUAGUCCCAGAAAAUUGGCCUACACAAUCACACCAAGAUGGGGUAAAACACCAAGCAAUAUUUUGGAUGAUUUUUUUGGAUCACCUGUUAUUUUAAAAAGUCCAAGCGUUAACAUGGUGCUCGAUCCCCACAUUCGUUUAAAAAAAGAUAUAAUACCGAAUUUGUCCCCAUCAUCGAUUAAAAACAUUUCGACAAAUACUCUGAUGUUGACCUCGUCAUUUUCUUCUUCUACAGCAAAUACCAGUGUUUCUUCUGUUUUUUCAAAUAAUAAUGGCUCAAAACAAUCCUCCAUCACACUUAAUAAUUGUAACACUGCCGCUAAUAUCAAUUCCGCUGGUUCUGAAGAGCAAACAGAGGGAGAAUCUGUCGAGCCUGUAUCUAGAAAGCUUUUUUCAAUUAAUACAACGCCUCAUGGAAAAUCUGUUUUAAUGUUGUCAAAUUCCUCUAUCCAAACCACUUUAAGUCCUGCUGGCAAUGACAACAAUCCCAACAAUGAUAAUAUCAAUCAUAAUAAUAAUAUCGACGAUGACAAUAGCUUAAUAAUGAAACCAACAACCUCUAAACUAUCAAAUACAUCGGGUCUAUUUGGUGUUGACAUAUAUUCUGUCUACAAAAGAGCCGUGGCUCAACAAUUAGAAAAUAAUAAUAAUGAUAACAACAAUAAUAAUGAGACUAAUAGUAACAAGGAAUUUAAAUAA